AGAGCAGGAGAGUGCCUGAGAGAAGCAAGGUGAGGUGUUAGUCUACCACAGAGUUGGAUUUUAAUAACACAUUCUCCUACCACAUGUCUUGUUGCAGCAAGCCCAGAUUGACCUCCUCUUACUAGUUCAGGGCUUGUGCCUUGACUGUGCUCAGCUGUUACGUCCUUCCUGUUCUCUUGCAGCUGGGUCACAAUAACCCCCUGUUGGAACACAGGAAAAAAGGUUUAGGCCACAGAAGUGGGAGGUAAUAUUUGAGGAAGAAAGAGGUCUUGGUAGUAUAACAGCUUUAGUGGAAUUUAGAAGGCCUUAGGCUUCUCCUGCGCAGCCCUUGGUCGCCAAAGCCUUCCAUCCUCCGUUCAGAAGGGUGGAGCUGGGUCAAGGUGUUUGAGGCAUUUCUGUGGCCGCGUGAUGAUACUCUGCACACAAAUGCUGAAAUAGGGUCUCGUGCUAGGAUUGACCUUCACAAGAGGGAGUCUUUCCCAUUUUACAGAGAAGGAAAAUGGGUGCAGAGAGGCAACGAAAGACCUGGGAUUAGAACCUACCCUGCAGUCCUACCCUCCCCAUUUACGGAGGUGGCUACCCUAAACCAGAAUCAGCGCGGGGCUCUCCCUUCUUAGGGGCGGGGUCAGAGAUGUCCCCCACCUGCGUCAUGAGAAUGCCAGGGACUCCCAGGAGGGGUGGGGCCAGGCGCUGGUGAUUGGUGCGCAGGAGCCCCGGGGCGGUAAAGGGAAGGGCCCCGGGGCGGUACAGGGAAGGGGCGGGCCGGCGCAGCCGACUGGAACCUCCCGCGCGGCCGCCCGCCAUGCACGCCGGCAGCCAGGGCCACCCCCUCUCCUCGCUCUACGUGGGCGACCUGCACCCGGACGUGACCGAAGCCAUGCUCUACGAGACGUUCUCUCCCGUGGGCCCCAUCCUGUCCAUCCGCGUGUGUCGCGACGUGGCCACCCGGCGCUCGCUGGGCUAUGCCUACAUCAACUUCCAGCAGCCAGCAGAUGCGGAACGGGCACUGGACACAAUGAACUUUGAGGUGAUCAAAGGUCAACCCAUCCGAAUCAUGUGGUCUCAGCGAGACCCAGGACUUCGAAAGUCAGGUGUGGGCAACGUCUUCAUAAAGAAUUUGGAGGAUUCCAUUGACAGCAAGGCUUUGUACGAUACUUUCUCCACCUUUGGGAACAUCCUCUCUUGCAAGGUGGCGUGUAAUGAACAUGGCUCGCGGGGCUUUGGCUUUGUGCAUUUUGAGACCAACGAGGCUGCGCAGCAGGCCAUCAGCACCAUGAAUGGGAUGCUGCUGAAUGACCGCAAAGUUUUCGUUGGCCACUUCAAAUCCCAGCGGGAACGGGAGGCAGAGCAAGGGGCUCAGGCCCUGGAGUUCACCAACAUCUAUGUGAAGAAUCUCCAUGUGGACAUGGACGAGCAGGGCCUGCAGGACCUCUUCUUGGAGUUUGGAAACAUGCUGAGUGUGAAGGUGAUGCGGGACAACGGUGGCCACUCCCGGGGCUUUGGUUUCAUUAACUUUGAGAAGCAUGAGGAAGCCCAGAAGGCUGUGGACCACAUGAACGGAAAGGAGGUGAGCGGGCAGCAGCUGUAUGUGGGCCGGGCCCAGAAGCGAGCAGAGCGGCAAAAUGAACUGAAGCGCAGGUUCGAGCAGCUGAAGCAGGACCGGCAGACCCGCUACCAGGGUGUGAACCUGUAUGUGAAGAACCUGGAUGACUCCAUCAGUGACGAGAAGCUGAGGACAGUGUUCUCUCCCUACGGAGUGAUUACCAGUGCAAAGGUGAUGACAGAGGGUGGCCACAGCAAGGGAUUUGGCUUUGUGUGUUUUUCCUCUCCAGAAGAGGCGACAAAGGCUGUGACAGAGAUGAACGGGUGUAUCGUGGGCACCAAGCCGCUGUAUGUGGCAUUGGCCCAGCGCAAAGAGGAGCGGAAGGCCAUCUUGACUAACCAGUACAUGCAGCGCCUCUCCACAGUGCAGGCCUUGGGCCGCCCUGUCUUGGGCUCCUUCCAGCAGCCCAACAGCUACUUCCUGCCUGCUGUGCCCCAGCCUCCAGCCCAGCCUGCGUGCUAUAGCGGCUCUGGCUCCGUGGCCCCCGUCCAGCCUCCCCCCAGGUGGACAGCCCAGCCCCAGAGAGCUUCGUCUGUCUGCCCUCCAGCUGGCUCAGUGGUCCGGCCACCAGGCUUGCCCCGGCGCCCCCGCGUCCAUGUCAGCAGCGUCAGGCAGGCCUCUACCCAGGUGCCCUUCCUGGCAUCUCACACCAAGAGAGUGGCCAACAUUGGUACCCAGACUAUGGGCAGAACAGCAUGCGCUACAGAAGCGCCAUCUCUCCUGCCAUGCACGUGUUCCUCACCUGUACAAAUGGCCCAUGGGGUCCAGGAGCCCGCCGUGCACGUCCCUGGCCAGGAGCCCCUGACCGCGUCCAUGCUGGCUGCAGCGCCGCUCCAUGAGCAGAAGCAGAUGAUUGAUUUAAGGCCUUGAUCCUGGCUGAACCCUCCACACACUGCCAAGGUGGAUUGGCACCAACAAGAGGCCUUGCUGCUAGAAAUACUUCACAUUUGAAGAAUGUGAGUUUGUUCUCUAUUUCUCACUGCCUCCUCCCUGAAAAGUCUCAAGUUCAGUAUUACCAUAUCCUGUCUAGAAUGAAUGUCAGAAUUAUUUUUUUGCAAAAUGAACAUGAAUAGUCUUUAAAAAAAAAAAUACUGUGCUCACCAUACUUGUUUUUUUAUUCAAGAUGAGAUCUUGUCAUGUUGUGCAGGCUGGUCUCAAACUUACCAUCUUCUGGUCUCAGCUCCCAGUACUGGGGAUUACAGGCAUACACGAUUGUGCUUGUACACAAGAGUAGUCUUUAAAUAACAAUUUUGUGUCAGACCCCAUGCUAUAAUUACUUCACAUAUAUUAUCAAAUUUCUUCAAACCAUCCUUUUUGUUUUUUUGUUUUUUUGUGGUUUUUCUCCGGUACCGGGAACCGAACUCACGACCUUGCGCUUGCCAGGCAGGCGCUUUUGCCACUGAGCUAAAUCCCCAGCCCCUCUUCAAACCAUCCUUGAAGUGGGGUUUGCUCUGCCCAAUUUCUAAUCAGGAAAAGAAGUCCCCAGUAAGGUUUAGUGACACAGCCUGGAAGGAGCAGUUCCGGGACAAGAACCCACCUGUCCUCCCUGCUCUCCAUGGUGCCACUCCUGGGUUGCUGGGGUGUGAGCCAGAUGUGUGCAUAGCAAUCAGGGGUUGUUCCACACAGGGGAGCGUCUCUAUCAUCUUAUCCCUGAGGUUUAUGCUGCACUGGCUGGCAAGAUCACAGGCAUGCUGCUGGAGAUCGACAAUUCAGAGCUGCU